UGAAGACGUACUUAGAUUUUUGAUAGCUAGUGAGCCUGAAUCAGAUAAUACGUUAAAUAAAACAGAUAAAGUGUUGGAGAUGUUACUGAAACAUUGGUGCAAUCAACAAAUGCUUCUCACAGCCCUUCUUGAUAGAUAUUCAGUAAUAUUGAAAGGGAUAAGCGACUUAGAAAAUGCGAUAAUGGAGGAAGUUGAAAAUGAUAUUUUUGGGCCGAAUGGUGAAGUUGACCCUCAAAAACUGGAAGCAUUAGAAAUAGUCGUAUCAGUGCCAGACACAUACCUUGCCCCACAUUACAGUGAUCUAGAUUUUAAAAUUUACUUUCGAAUGUCACGAUCAACAGUGGAAAAUCUAUGUACAGCCAUUGGACCACAGAUUUAUGCUAGAACCGUCAAUAGGGAACGCAAGGUGUUGGCAUCUUUGUGGGUGUUAGCAAACUCAGAAACUUUUCAAGAUGUAGCUGAUCGCUUUCACUUGGCCAAAGGACAGCUCCACAAAAUUUUCACCAAGUUUUGUAACGCCAUUGACACUUGGUCUAAAGAUUUGAUCCAGAUGCCUUCAAAAAGCCAACAGUUGGAAAUCGCCAAAGAAAUCCAAAACAGAACAACCAUCCCAGGCGUGAUCGGCGUGGUCGACGGGUGCCACAUCCACAUCCGAGGGCCGGGUCAGCCCCACAGAGAUGCGUACCUCAACAGGAGAGGCGUCCCCAGCAUUAAACUCAUGGGAACCUGCGACCACAACCUGAGGUUUAUUGACGUCUACAUUGGGUGGCCCGGGAGUGUUUCCGACGCUAAAGUCUUCCAACACAGCCCGCUGAAAGAAUAUUUAGAAAGCGGAAACAUCGACAAAGAUUUUCAUUUAGUUGCAGACGCAGGAUACAAAAACAUGCCUUAUCUGUUAACACCGUACCGUGAGGCUCUGUCAGAUAUACACCUCAAUUACAACAAUAAACACAGUCAAGUACAUUCUUUAAUUAAAAAAGCAUUCAGACUCCUCAAAGGAAAAUUUAAUCGCUUGAGAUAUUUAGACAUGUUUAAGAUCAAAGAUAUUUCAUUGAUUAUUAAGACAGCAUGCACUAUGAUGAAUUUCUGGAUAGAGACAGAGCAGCCUGGGCCUGAAGAGCUGGGGCUAUAUGAUGAUACGGUCGAUGAGGAUGUUAUCAUUGAUGACGAUGGUUUGUAUGUGAAUGUAGAGAAUGAGGGGAUGGAUGAAGGGUGGGAGGAUGAGAUGAGGGACGUGGAAGCUGAAAAUGAGGCUAUUUUUAAAAGAGACAAGAUCUGUUUGUUACUUUGAACACUGUGAGCAAAUGUUGUAUCUAGUAUAGGACGUAAGUUGUAUUUAGUAUGGGAUGCAAGUUGUAUCUAGUAUGGGACAUAAGUUGUAUCUAGUAUGGACAUAAGUUGUAUCUAGUAUGGGACAAAAGUUGUAUCUAGUAUGGGAUGCAAGUUGUAUCUAGUAUGGACGUAAGUUGUAUCUAGUAAUAAGUAUGGCACAAAAGUUGCUAUUAGUAUGGGGUAAAGUUACUAUUAGUUUGGGUAAAAAGUUGUAUCUAGUAUGGACAUAAGUAGUAUCAUCAUGUAAUAAGUAUGGCACAGAAGUUGCAACCAGUAUGAGACAAAAGUUGUAUCUAGUAUGGCACAGACUAGUAUGGCACAGAAGGUGUCAUAUGACAUAAAAAUUGUCUGUUGUGGUAAAAAAAGAUUUUGUUCCUGACAAGUUGAAAUGACACAUGGCAUGCCUACGAAAUGUGCGCUAGUUCUAAGAUGUAAAACUGGUUUUAAAAUGUGCAGUAAGAUUCUUGGCUUUGUCAGCCAAUACCUCUUUUACUGCAAACCACGCAGCUCUGACUUGAUUCAGGUCAAGAAAUCAGCCUGACCUAACAGGUCAAAAAAUCAGCCUGACCUAACAGGUCAAAAAAUCAGCCUGACCUUACAGGUCAAGAAAUCAGCCUGACCUAACAGGUCAAGAAAUCAGCCUGACCUUACAGGUCAACAAAUCAGCCUGACCUCACAGGUCAAGAAAUCAGCCUGACCUUACAGGUCAAGAAAUCUGCCUGACCUUACAGGUCAAGAAAUCAGCCUGACCUAACAGGUCAAGAAAUCAGCCUGACCUUAUGGAUUAUCUUAUCCAACCAAUAACUUUAUUGUAUUGUUUUCUGCAUCUAGGUGUUCAUAAAACAAAAAAUACCAUUUUAAUUAUGUUAAUAAAUUAAAAAGGAAAUUUGUUACCAUCGUGAGUUUAUUGUUUGUUUUUAAAAUAUGUGCUUAAAAAUUAAAAAGUGCAAUUAUUCAUUAAAU